AUGAUAGAGUCUGUGAACUACCCGCGUAACUAUGAGGACAACUUAAACUGUUCUUGGGAGUUUACUGCACCAGAGAACUAUACACUGAUAUUAACAUUGUAUGAUGUUGAAAUAGAAAGUUACUACGACAACCUGUAUAUUCGAAAUGGGGACGGUCAUGUUUUCGAAACAGUAACUGGUUCUUACAACCCUAUUAGUGUUAUAUCGACUGAUAACGUGAUGCGGCUGAGUUUUACAACUGAUGGAAGUGUGACUCGUAGGGGCUUCAGUGGAAAUGUAAAAGCUAUCCCCAAAUACG